AUAUAAAGGGCUAGAAAUCCCUUCACUCAGCAACCUCUUCCUUCACAAUUCACAAAUGGGGCAUUGUACAGUUCAGCCUCUCACUCUUUCCAAACUUCCCAAUUCCUUCGCUUUUCACCAUAAACCCUCUUUUCCUCCGAAACAUGCACUCUUAUCUCGCUCAGCUUUCCUUAGAAAUGUAAGGGCAACAGCGUCUGAGGAGAAUCCAAGUGGUGCUGGUAAAUUGUUCAAUGAAAAACGUGAUGGUGUGAUAACCUUGGAGGCUGAUAAAAAUGGAUACAAUGAAACAGUGGAAAAUGAAGACCCAAAGGAAGUGUUGCCUGAUGGAGAAGGCCUGCCGUUGGAAUUGCUUGAUAAGCUUAAUUUUGACAUAAAUGACACCACUUCUCUUGCGGUUUACGGUGGUGGUGCUAUAGUGGCCCUGUGGCUAACUUCAGCCAUCGUUGGUGCUGUUGAUUCUAUCCCAGUGAUUCCCAAACUGUUCGAAGUUGUAGGGCUUGGAUACUCAUUAUGGUUCACUUACCGUUAUUUGCUUUUCAAGAGAAACAGAGAGGAGCUGGCCAAUAAAAUAGAGGAACUCAAGGAACAAGUUCUUGGCCAAUAAAAUAGUUGUUAUGAAAUGUUGAAAUUAUAUUUACAAUAUGCUUAAAAAAUGUGAACGUAUGUACAGUUACAUUUGGUCUAGUUAAGGGAAUUUGUUGAUUUGCUUCCAUA